AUGUUUCAGUUCGGAUUCAACAUGUUUCAUGAAAUAUCAAGACCUUUUAAUAUGACUUAUCGGUGCUUUUCUGUGUCUAUGUUACCAGGAAAUGAAAGGCAGGAUGUGGAAAGAGGAGGGAAAAUUAUAAUGCCUCCAUCAGCUCUGGAGCAACUCACCAGAUUGAGCAUUGAGUAUCCCAUGAUCUUUAAAUUGACAAACAAGAAGACUAAAAGGAUUACACACUGUGGUGUGUUAGAAUUUGUUGCAGAUGAAGGAAAAGUAUAUUUACCACAUUGGAUGAUGGCAAAUUUAGUACUUGAAGAAGGUGCAUUAUUACAAAUUGAAAGUGUCUCCCUGCCAGUAGCAACAUUUUCAAAGUUCCAGCCACUCUCUGAAGAUUUCUUAGAUAUCACUAACCCUAAAGCAGUACUUGAAAACUGCCUCAGAAAUUUCUCUUGCUUGACAACAGGUGAUGUGAUCGCCAUUAAAUAUAACUCAAAAGUCUAUGAAUUAUGCGUUCUAGAAACCAAACCGGGAAAUGCUGUGAUCAUUAUUGAAUGUGAUAUGAAUGUUGAGUUUGCUCCUCCUGUUGGUUACAAAGAAGAAGAACACAUUCCAAGAAGCGCCGAUGGCAACUCUGGACAAAGCAUGGACGAAGAUCCAGCUGUCAUGAUGCCAGAGCCUAGUGGCUUCGUAGCUUUUAGCGGUGAAGGCAACCGGCUUGAUGGCAAGAAAAAAAAACUCACCAGUGAAAGCGAGUCUGAAUCACAGAACACUCAAGCCAGACAAUCAUACGUGCGUGGAAUACCAGACUAUGAUUUUGUUAUCGGAACAUUAAGAUUUAUAAGAAACUCAAGGCCACCCAGCGCUAAAGAAGAAGCUCCUGCAGAACCAUUUCAAGCAUUUAAAGGAGAAGGGUUCACACUGCGUACUGCUAAGUCAAAGAACUAA